AUGGCCCUUAAUUCUUACUUUCUCAUCCAAAUUAGACACCUUUUGGAGUUUAAAGUGGGUUUAUUACUGUAAUUUUCAUCGUUUAAUCACUGUAAUGACAUGAAUAAUAUUAUUUUAAAAUUAAUCUCAGUAAUAUUUCAGUAGUGUCUUCAGUACUAAUUGUGUAGUGUCUUAAUUUAUUACCCUAAAGUAACCUUGUUCAGGGCGUCCAAACAUUUGGUUUCCAUGUUGGUAUCGUACUGUUUUGUAUCAUUUACAUUACUGUGGGCGCUGCCAUUAUAUAUUCAUUGGAAAGGCCACAAGAGCUGAAUGAUUUGAGAAAAAUGCUGGACACUUUGGAGGAAAAACAACUUCAAUUACUCAUUGACAUUAGCAGCCUACGGUUUUCUUUAAAAGAUGGCAAGUACUCACAUUAAAAUGGCCAGAGAGCUGUCAUAUAUAGUAUAAUUUGAAGUUUAAACAUCGAUAAAAUAUCAAAAAUGAUUUUAUAAAGGAUUUAUAGUGUUAUAAAUUAAUAUUCGAAAUCACAGAUGAAAAAGAGUUCAAGCGAGUAGUGAAACAAAGGUUAGAGGAGUCAGAAGCCUAUAUGUUGUUGUUGUUCAAUCAUCCAGUGGCGGCCAACUACUUUGAUUCGUUUUUGUUAAACAAAGGAGAAUAUAUGGGUACGUUUUAUACUCGACAAACUUUUUACUCCUGGGAGAAAGUAGUUUAUAAAUUGCUUCGAAAAACAAAGAAACUUAGGGCGCAGUAUGCGAAGACAAUUUUAUACUUUGAAACCAGAAGAAUUUUUAGGUUUAAACGCAUAUUUAUCUAAAUUUUCAGUAUGUUCGUUCUCUUUUUGGAAAAGUUAAUCAUGUUAAUGUUGUUUAUGAUUACCUUCUGAUUAUUUCAGACCUGUGGACGUUUCCGACCUCAAUAUUACUCUCAGCGACUACUAUCAUUCCUAUCGGGUUUGGGUUUGUCACACCACGAACUGAAACAGGAAAACUGUUCUUGAUCCUGUAUGCUAUCAUAGGUAUACCACUGGCCCUGGUUACUAUAUCUGACAUCGGACACUUCUUCUGCGACUUUGUUUUUAGAUUAUUUAAAAAAGUAUGUUAAUAUCGGACUUAAGGUUAAAACAUUAUUUAAAUUAGUAAUCCUAUAAAGCUAUUUAUAGCUUUUUUGCAGUAAUUUUAACAUGUUAUCGUAUAUAAAACUAUAUAUUUGAAGAAUGAGCGUCGAGGUACGGUAUUUGUUGCUGUCCUUAUCAUGCUGUACCCCGUCCUUAUGAGUCAGAUGAUAUAUUACUUUGGAAAUAUGAAUCUGCUGGAUUGUUACUACUACUGUAUCGUAUGUAUGUUUACAAUAGGAUUUGGAGAUAUACUGUAAGUUUAUUUAUUUCAAUAGUAUUAGAAUUGCGCAAUCUGAAAAGCGAACAUACCAUUGUUUUAUGUUUUAAAAUUACUGUAACUUUAGCCCGCCCAUCCCCAUUCCCUUCCUGAUCUUGUUCUUGUCCUUUGGAGUGAUGUUGAUGACGGUGGGAGUAGAAGUGAUAGGAUCCAACGCCAUCCAUCACAUUCACUACAUGGGACGUCAGAUGGGUAAGGCAUCUCACGUAGCCACCAAGUUCAUCCAGCUAGCGCAUGCCAAACUCAAUAUCAACAAGGGCCUGGAGUUAGGUAUCGGCCAAUUGAAUGCCUUUGCCAAGAUGGGGGUUCUGUUCAAUGCCGACGACCACGACGACUUCCAGACGCUACGACGACUCCCGUCAGUCGCCUACGAGCCCCGGAUACCUCUGGAGUUUGUGGACACAAACUAA